AUGGCUGCUACAGUUGAAAAGACCGAGGAGUCGAUCCGCCUAUUCCCCUCGCCACGGCUGUCGACAGUCAUCAAGACUCCAUUAUCCAUACUUGACGCGACAUGUGCUCGUUUCUCAGAUACAAGCGCCGUCUGGCUCUUUGAGACACCUGCGAACGGCAAUGUCGACGAUGAGUUUGUGGAGAAAAUACAGGCUUCGUUUGUGCAAACACUAAAUAAAUUUCCCCAAUGGGCAGGACAGCUCCACUGGGCGCCGUUUCGAGCACACGGGCAUCACACUGAGCGAUUCAACCGCUCCAUGCUCACAUACGGCAGCGAGGCGGAUCCGGGCGUGCAAUGGACAGUCGUGCGGCAUGACUACACAAUCGCGUCCUUUGCGCCAACGGGGACCGGGAGCUUCAAUUCGGGCUUGUGGGAGGCUGGAGACGCGUUUCCGCAGAAAGACUUGGUGUCGCCAGAGAGACUGGCUCUCUACAAUCUGAAAGAUUUCCAAGACCGGCCCGUCAUGUCAGUGCGGAUUAAUGUAUUCUCAUGUGGCGGAUACGGCAUCGGCGUCAAACUGGCUCAUCAGGUUGCCGACGCCCAGUCCAUGAUGGUGUUCAUGCACAAGUGGGCAGCCAAUGCGCGGGUCCUCUUUACAGGAAUGCCGAGCUCGAGCUUAUUCAAUGAACCCGUCUUUGACCCUCAGCAGCUCGACGCCAGGGCGGCCGGGGACAUUGACGGCGAGUCCGUAGACACGGAUAUCGCCGCCGCGGCGCGCGCAAUGCCGCUGCACCGCUAUAGCUGGUGGGACGUUGAUGCGCCGGGCUACUCGCCCUGGCUGGUGGCCUCGUCCCAGAACUGCAUCCCGUCCGCCGAGGUGCUCGUCAAGACACACGUCUCGCCGUCGACAGUCGCGCCCUGGCACACUUGGGAUUUGACCCGGCCGGUGUCCUGGGGACUGGUGCACUUUACGGGCGAGGAGCUGCUCGGGCUCCAACGCAGGGCGCGGGAGAGUGGUGCGUCGCAGCAGGGAGGAGGAGCGGCCACCAUUUCUCGGACAGACGCACUCAUGGCCCAUCUGUUCCAGAGCAUCACGCGAGCCCGCAGCCUCGCCGCGCACCGCACCGCCGAGCAGAAGGACGACGACGACGACGACGACGACGACGACGACGACAUGGUCUAUCUCAACGUUUCCAUUGACUGCCGCCGCCGCGUCGCGCAGCCGCUGCCCGAGACGUUUCUGGGUUCGCCGCUGCUCAUGACGCACAUUGGCGCCUCGGCCUCGGCCUUGUGCACCUCUGCUACUGCUGCCGAUAACGACGACGGUUUAGGCCAUCUUGCCCUCAAGCUGCGCGAGACCUUGACAGCGUUUACGCCCGACAAGAUGGGGGCGAUCCUGCACGACGCCGCCUACGAGGUGUCGCCGCAGCGAUUGUGGCUGGGGUUCAUGGGUACUCGACACCUCAUUGCCACGUCGUGGCAGAGGCUGAGGGCGUACGAGGUGGAUUUCGAGGGCACAGGGGCACGGCCGGUAUAUGUUCAUCCGAUCAUGGAGAAAUGUGAUGGUAUAUUGGUGAUUGCGGAUUCGUUGCUUCAGGAUGGUGGUGUUGAUGUUUCUGUAUAUCUAGACAGGGAUGCAUGGGGGCAUUUCAGGAAAGACCUGGGCAAGAAUUAA